AUGUCUUCCACAAGAAAGAGCACUAAGAGAACACGCCCAGAGCAGCAAUCGCUCAAGAAGCAACCAACCAACGCCAAACUCCACGAAGAUCUGGAAGAUCUCAAUGUUUCCAGUGAUCUCAAGGGAAUCAGAGAGAAAGCGCAUGAGGAUGGACGGAAGAAGAAAGAAGAAAGCAUCUCCAGUGUUUCCACUGAGGUAAAGUCAAAGAUUGAUGAGUUGAAGUCUAAACUCGAUAAAGAAAGGCAAAACUUUACCAAAGCACUUACAAAGAGUUCGAAGGAGUGUGAAAGUAUCUUGAAGGACGAAGCUGCCAAGUUUGAGGAGCUUCAUCAUAAGUUCAUGAAAGAAGAAGCUGAUAAUAUACAGGGUCUGAAAGACACUGUUUUCAAGUUCGAGGAGGACAAAGAGAGGCUCUAUAUGCGAUAUGAACAACUAAGGAAGAAGGAGAAGACAAUGAUAUCGGACCAGGAGAAGUUCUGCACUGAAAUGCUUGCUCAAUUGAUAGAGUCGCUGAAGAAAAAGAAACGGGAUGACAAAACUUUCAGUAUAUUGAGAAAAAGUCUCGGCUCUUUCAUGGAGGAUGAAGCUUCUGAUGAAGAGUUCCCACCUGAUGAGUAA